AUGUCGGAGAACGAGAGGCGAGGAAUGAAGGGGAAAGAGCAUGCAGAGCAGGAGACUCCCUUCUUGUUCCCAGACAUGUCCUCUCUGAUCGGAGAGGUCUUCAAACUACGGGAAGAGAACACCAGGUUGCGCCAUGUCAACGAGAAGCUGGAGAAGGUCAAUGACCCAGAGGAAAGAUCUCUCUGGUUUCGAAGACGAACUCAGCUCCACAGACAGGCAUGCAUCACCUACAAGUGCUACAACAUCUGGAACCUUCUCCGGUCAAGAGGAAAACGAUGUGCACUGAACGCACAUCAUUACCGAAAGAAGAAAAAUUGGCUCAAACUUAGAAACUAUCUUAGUUUGUGGGCAAAGAUGGCAAAGAAGAAAACACUCACACGUACUCUGAGAACAAACGACAAAAGCAAACCAGUCCCAAGACGGAUACGAAAAGCAUUGAACACUCUAUCAAGGUGGCGACACAGGACGGCAGCGAGGGCGUACGAGAGCUGGCACGAGGAGGUACACAAGAGCAAGGUACAGGCUACGGUCAUGAGCAAGAUAGCGAUGCGGUGGAAGGCUCGGGGGGUAGACCCUGCUUUCCAGACCUGGCAUGUCAACGCGGUGAAGCAAGCGAGAGGCCGGGCGAUAGUUGGGAGGAUCGUAGAGAGGUGGCGACACAGGACGGCAGCGAGGGCGUACGAGAGCUGGCACGAGGAGGUACACAGGAGCAAGGUACAGGCUACGGUCAUGAGCAAGAUAGCGAUGCGAAACGGGUUAAUCUGCAACGUGAUGUUUUAG